AAUAUCGAAGCGGCACCACGCAGAAAAAAAUUGCCCAUAAUAAUUGAGCAGUCUGAUUUUAAUAUUAAUGAAUGUGCAUUUGAUUUCAUUUCUAUGUUCAACGUUUAAAAGCAAAGUGUUACUCAACUUCAGCCCAAGGAGAAGUUAUAGUGCGAGUUCUGUUAAGCUACCAUACGAGUGAAAAAAUGUCUAUUAGUAAUGACAAAUGAAUGGUGAAAUCCUAAGACACACACACACUUAGUCUGAGGUCAUAUGCAGCGAAGAACCAAUUACACCAUCCGUAUCAAUUACCUUUGAUAAGAUAAAAAAAAUUUGAGGUAACAACAACUGCAAAAGGAAUAACUUUGUCAGCUUUAGACAGAAUUAACCAUGGAAGCUGCAAAAAUGUCGGAACCAAGUGAAGCACUGACCGGACAGCAUGUGAUUUUGGCAUGCAGAAACAACGAUCUUCAGUUCCUGAAAAAUCUGCAGAAAUCGGGAGAAAUGCAAAACUUUGAGCCAACUGAGACUGAUGACGAGAGUCACAACGCGUUUUAUUAUGCCAUACGAUCAGGAAGUGUGGAAUUACUCGAAACUCUCAUUGAAAAGUGGCCGAAUAAGGAUUUCAGCAUGCCGGAGCACUCGCAACUUCUGGAUGACCUUCUUUCGGAUGCAUACGAAGAAUUGAGAUUGAAAAAUGUGGACCUGGAAAAGGAUAUUCAAAUAUUUGUAGAAGAAAAGCUUAUAAAUUUACGUUUCUAUGUUAAGAAUCCUACGGAAACCGUCGAUGAUGAUGACGCCGGAUGUAAACGCCGGAUCGAUUGGGUAAUUGAUAAGAUGAAACUUUUGGUUCGCGACUAUUCUUCUGGGGGUGCGAUGGUGGAUGAUAAAUUUCUAUUUCUGUGCAGAAUGAUCGCGCAAAAUCUUCACGUAUUGAAAAACCGACUUAAAUCCACAUACAACAAGAUGCCGUGGGAGGAAAUGGAAUUUUGCUUGUGUGUAUUUGUGAAUUCUCAUACCAGACAACAAGAAACAAAUUUUUUUUACAACGCAAUACUUAACAAAAAUAGAUUAUUGCAACACACGAAAAACUUCCAAGAAGGUAUGGAAUAUCUCAAAACGUUAUCUGGAUCUGCCAAAACCAAAAGUAAAACUGCUCGUAGGCGUUCUGAAAACAUGAAUGAAAUUCUAGACCAAAAUAAGGACUUUAAAAGUCUCUAUGCUGAUCAUUGUCAAAUGAAAGAUAUUUACUCAUUGUCGCGUAUAAAAUAUUAUAUCGGCUUAGCGCUUAUGGAUGUGGAGGACGAAAACGUGCACCGCCUUGUUUCCGAAAGGGCUCUGCAAGUGAUUGGAGAAAGCUUAAAAAAUACCUCGCAGUCCCCGCAUCUAUCGAAGGAUGCAAGUGAUUUGGUGCUCGCUAAUUUCCACGAAGAACAAUGGAAAAAAAUUAUAAGAUUACGAGAUUCAUUAUCGCAUGCCAUAUUGGAUGAUUAUUAUAUAUUCGAAAAACGUGUGGAAGCUCGUCAAAUGGAACAAGAUUUCAAAAAAGAUUUCGUUCAACUCAUUUUGGCUAUACACAACGUUUUUCUCGAUAAGAAAUAUCCAAUCUUACUUAAGAUACUAAAAAAAAUGCUACAUAGGGAUGAAACCGAAUUAAUUAUAUUUGAAUUGGUUUUUUUCAAUUACUAGUAGCAUAAUAGUAUAUAUGGUGGAUAUUUGGCGGAAUUGGGUACCAAACAUAGCAUUUUUUUUAAAUAAUGAGAUAGAGAAACUGGGGCAUACUCUGAUAUAUCUGGACGUUCUAUUUAUUGAAAAUCAUGCAGAAUAUGUCUGCGGAAUUCUAUUGCUAGAGCCUGCCACAACCCAUCCAUUGCUUUUUUUUUCAGGAAAUAUAUUCGAUUCAUUUCUCAAAGAAAUAAGCAUCGAAGAUUACUUCCCUCCGACAAAUUUGCUUAUUUUUUUAUUCAGUCUUUCUGAUCCUCUCUCCAUCCAUUUAAUUUGGUACUUUAUAAGAAAAUUAUUCAUGAAACUUCAUGCUGGUUUAAACCCCAAAACUCAUAAGAUUAAUUGCAUUGAAAGCUAUAGAAACUGUCUCAAUCCUAUAGUAAGUGAAGCAGACAUUGAAGAUAAAAUAAAUUCACUUAUCAAGCAAAUUCAACACAUCGCGAAGUUUAACGAAAUUGAAAUGACUGAAUUUAAUGAAAGUAUUGAAAAAUUAAAGCAAAGUCACGUAAAUCGCACUAGAGCACGAUCAACAUAUGGUGACUUCAUAAAAACAGUGAGAAAAGAUAUUAAUUCUGCAAAUUCGGGAAAACUGCAUGGAAAUAUGUCUGGCUUGUUUAAGAGCAACAGCAAAACCUUACAAAAAAAGAUUAAAACAGCUCUGAAGCAAAUUGAAGAAGAAAAUGCAGCCAAGCAUCAAAAACAUUUCCACGAUCUAUUUCAAACAUUACACAAUUUACUUUCAAUGAAUAAUGAUCUAGAUGAAAACAUUAAGAAUUCUGCACUCGAAGUAGUAUUGCUUGAUAUUUUUGCAUACUUAGAAGAAAAGUUUUCUCUUUUGGAUGCGGGAGCACGGAGUACUGCAGCCUUUCUGGACAAGAACACUCCAGUCCUGACCGGCAAGCAGAUGCGAAACUAUUUGGCGCACGGCAAUGCUACAGUAAAUAUUUUAACUUCUGAACCAUCUAUCGCAGUUGCGAGCAAUGCCCGUGAAUUGUUGAGAAGCCAAACCAAAUUGGUACAAAACUCUAAUUUUAAAAUAUCCCAAAAUUAUUUGCCUUUUUCCGAUUGGGAGCAAACUAUCAACAAAAGAAUCGAGUCAAUACAAAUUCAACAAAAUAUGUUUGCUGCUGCAGAGAGAAACAAUGUAGAAGAAGUAUUCCAGUGUUUAAAAGCUGGAGCAGACAUAUUCGCGAGAGAUUUUGAACAUUGCAACUUGCUUCAUUAUGCUGCUAAAGGAAACAGCGAAGAGAUAUUCAAGAAGUUUCACAAUAAAGCUUUGCUUGAAUCAGAAAGCAUUUACGGAAGCAACCCCAUACACAUUGCCGCUUGGAAUGGAUCAUUUGAAAUCAUCAAUUUAAUGAUAAAUGGUGAGAUGUUAGCAAAAUAUAAUUUAAUUAACGUGAAACGAAAAGAUGGACUUACACCAUUGCACUUAGCAGCGCAAAAGGGCCAUAAAGAAGUCGUUAACCUUCUGGCAUCUAAAUAUAUGAAUGUAGAAGCAGCUAAAAACAGUGGGUGGACACCUUUGCACUUGGCAGCGGCAAAUGGUCAUACAGAAGUGGUUAAAAUUUUGCUGUCCACCAAUGCCAAUGUAGAAGAUAAAACACCCAAAUGCUACACAGCAUUGCACUUGGCAGCGACGAAUGGUCACACAGAAAUAAUUAACACUUUGCUGUCCAAAGAUGCGAAUGUUGAAGCCAAAACACUCCAAGGAUAUACACCGUUAUACUUUGCAGCGCAACAAGGCCACACAAAAGUUGUAGAAAUUUUGCUGUCCAAAAAUGCGAAUGCGUAUACUAAAAACCAUGCCGGGUUGAUGCCUGUUCACAUAGCCCUGAUAAAUAUGUGUUUGGGAGUGGUCUAUGUUUUUUUUACUAAAAAUCCAAUUUUGUUUGUUUCUAUUUUUAAAACCUAUCAUUUUCUUUUUCUGUUGCUCUCCAUUCUUUUCCUUUCUCUCUGGGGAACUGUACCACCAGUCAUCUCAGUAAUUUCAUUGGUAUUAGUCAUUAGUAUUUUGCUUAUUACUUUGCCUAGAAUCACUAAAUUGCUUUGUAGUCGACCGAUAUGCAUUUACUUCGAUCCUAUGAAUCAAUAUUACUGGAAAAACUAAAGAAAAAUGAGUCAAUACUUCAGUUACACAAAUGUGCAAAGCGAUUAAACCUAGUUUCAUCUUAUCCUUUCACCCAAUAUAUUGAACAGAGAUGGCAGAUCCUACUCUAACUAAUGGGUUUUCUAUAUGACAUGGAAGCUAAAAUGACCGUAACCCUAUUUCAGAUUUCGUUGAAAUUCAUUAUUAGGUUUGCAUGAGAGUUCUCGAAUUCUCCGUAGCUAUAUGGAUUUUCGUUGAAGGCAAGAUUGUUAUUUAAUACUACUCUACAGAGCUAAUACAUGUUAGAAUAAUUAUCAACAAAUGAAAAAAUAGCGGUUAUGUUAUGAAAUAUGCUCUUGAUUUUCUUAGAGAUCGCUUGACCGACAACAAAAUUCAUACAAAAAUAAUCUAACGGUUCGUUUGAAAACUACUGAUUUUUUUUAACCGAGCCGACUUUCGGUUACUGAAUUACAGCGUGAAUGAUGAAACACUUACUCUUGAUUUCAUAUGAUGAACCAGAAAUUAAUAUGACAUUUUAUAAAUGUAAAUAGCUUACCUAUAAAUAUUUACCUACUUAUAAGAACUAAACACAAGAACACUAGGAAAUAUAAUACACCUAUAAACGUUCAGCAUAACUGUCAAACAGGAACAAUAUUGUACACAAAAGCAUGAUAUAAAUAG